AAGUGAGAAAAUUGAGUAGGAUUGAAGGUGGUUCGUCGUCCACCCCCACCAACCUCUAGCCCAUCGCCGGUGCAAUAGUUUCUCCGAUGAUGGGUUUAUAGUUUUCAUUUUUCUCUUAUAUAUUUUAAUAUUAAAUAUUUAUUCAUGUGGGAAAACGAAAAAACAAUGCCAGUUGGUUUUUUUGGUCCAAGUCAGCGUCGUAUCAUUGCCUAGUCAUCCUUUGUUAAUCGGGCAACGGAGAGAUUGUGAGAAAGAUGGUGUUUCCUGACGAUCAUAGUUAACAGAAUGGGUGAUUUGCCGCUGCUCUUAAGUAGAGGGGCUGAAUUGCGCCUUCUGCCCAUCAUGAUAAGCAUUUGCAAUGGCAACUCAGUUCAUGCGAUCUGCAUUGAGAGCGAGAAAGAAGCCCUUUUGAAGUUCAAGCAAGGUAUCGUGGAUCUCACCAACCGAUUGACCUCUUGGGUUUCUGAUGGAGAUUGUUGUAGAUGGACGGGAAUUGUCUGCAACAACAUGACUGGUCACGUCAUUGAACUCCACCUCAGAGUCAGAACUACUCCACGGGAGCACGAUUAUGGCGAUUACUAUGUGGACGAUUAUGUGGCUGAUGAGGCUUAUGAGAGAUCGAGGUUGGGUGGUAAGAUAAGUCCUUCUCUGCUCCAUUUGAAGCAUUUGAGUUAUUUGGAUCUCAGCAAAAAUAAUUUUGGAGGAAUUCACAUUCCUAAGUUUUUUGGUUCUUUGGGGAGUUUAAGAUACCUGAACCUCUCCCGUGCAAAUUUUGGAGGGGAGGUUCCUCACCAUCUUGGGAAUCUCUCUAAUUUGAAAUAUCUCAAUCUUGGGAAUAAUGCCAUGUAUGUUGAGAAUGCCAUGUAUGUUGAGAAUCUCCACUGGUUGUCUCGUCUUUCUUCAUUGGAGUACCUUGAUUUGAGUUCCCUUUUCAACUUUUUGUGUCUUGGGGUCAAUGAAACCACAAAUCAAAUGUCUGUUCUCGAUCUUGGCAACAAUUUGUUGUCUGGGGAGUUACCAGAUUGUUGGUCCAAAAGGCCACAUUUAGAGGUCAUUGCAUUAGAAAACAAUAGAUUCACAGGAGAAAUUCCUAUGUCCAUAAGGAAUUGUACAAUUUUGCAAACCCUUGAUUUUGGUGAAAAUGAAUUGGUUGGGAACAUCCCAUCAUGGAUUGGUUGUAAUCUUCCAUACCUGACAAUCUUGAGCCUCCGUUCAAACAAGCUUUCAGGACAUAUUCCUAGCGAGUUGUGCGCACUCAAUUAUCUCCAUGUCUUGGACGUUGCUCAUAAUAAGCUUUUAGGAAGCUUACCAAGUUGCAUUGAUAACUUAAGUGCCAUGGUUUAUCCUGUAAAUGGCUCAUUUCAGAACAACAUUAUGUAUGGCUAUUUUAUUGAGAAUUUAUUUCUUGUGAUGAAAGGCCAGUUUUAUGAAUAUGGCAAGACUCUUAAUUUGGUAAGAGUCCUUGAUUUGUCAGACAAUAGUUUAUCUGGAGAUAUUCCUUGGGAAAUAACUAGGCUUCAGGGGUUGCAAUCACUGAAUUUGUCACACAACCAUUUCACUAGAAGCAUCCCUGCAAAUAUUGGUGACAUGAGUUUACUAGAAUCUCUUGAUCUUUCUGUAAACAAAUUGCUUGGGUCAAUCCCUGAAAGCAUGUCCAAAUUGUCAUUUCUAAGCUACUUGAACCUUUCUAGCAACCAAUUGAUUGGAAAAAUUCCUUUAGGUACUCAAUUACAGAGCUUUGAUGCAUCUUGUUAUGCUGGAAAUGAACUUUGUGGCCUUCCACUAGUGGAGAACUGCAACGAAGUCAAUCAAAGAGUACAUGGCACUGAAAAUAAUGUGGGGAAAGAUAGGGAUGGAGAUAAAGUGAAUUGGUUGUUUGUUAGCAUGGCACUUGGAUUUAUUUUUGGAUUUUGGAGUUUGAUGAGUCCUCUUGUAAUUAGUAGGCAAUGGAGGUAUGCGUACUAUCAAUAUUUGGAUGAGAUGUGGCGGAAAUGUCAGUCAUUAUGGGAGUAGAUUUUUCUAAAAUCUUAUGUAGUUUUCUUUACAAGUGUAUUUCUCUUCAUGUUCUUGUGAUAUAUUACAAAGCAUCACCUCUCCGCUUUUCAGCAACUUUGUUUUGAUUUUUCGUUAUCUAUAAUGAAGUCAUAAAAUAGUU